AUGAGGAUCCAGCCACCAGUAGCUCAGUCCGCUGCAUCAACAGCUGUGAGGGCCGCUACUCAACAAACUUCUAAAGUGUCAUCCCUGACACCUGCUAGGACUGAUCUGACUCCUAAACAAACUGCGAAGUUUAUGCAACCUCAGCCAUCGUGUUCUAGAGCUACAUCUCAACCAACAUUCAUGAGGACCCAGCCACCAGUAUCUCAGUCCGCUGCAUCCACAGCUGUGAGGGCCGCUACUCAACCAACUUCUAAAGUGUCAUCCCUGACACCUGCUAGGACUGAUCUGACUCCUAAACAAACUGCGAAGUUUAUGCAACCUCAGCCAUCAUGUUCAAAAGCCACUCCUCAACCAACUUUCAUGAGGAUCCAGGCUUCAGUGGCUCAGUCAGCUGCAUCAACAGCUGUGAGUGCCUCGAGUCAACCAAGGAUUCCUAUUUCAUUGGUUAGGCUCACUGCUCAACCAACUGCCACAGUGUCAACCCUGACACCUGUUAGGACUGCUCUGCAAAAUACUCCUAGACAAACUGUGCAAGUGAUGCAACCUCAGCCAUCAUGUUCUAGAGCCACUCCAACACCGAAGUCAAAGUUCUUAGCUAAACCGGCUGCAAAGAUACCUGCUGCAUUGUCUGUGGUGAGGUCCACUGCUCAACCAUCGUCCAUGAGGAUUCAGCCACCGGUGGCUCAGUUACCUACAUCAACACCUGAGAGGGACACUGCUCAACCAACAUUCGUCAGGAUCCAGUCUGGUCCUUCAACCCCCAUAAGGACCCCACCUGUGCCUAUUCCUCAUGCUCCUGUGAAGGUUUCUACUCCCUCUGCACCAGCUGUGUCACUGCCCUCAUCCACACCAAUGAGACCUAUGAAGAGACUUGUUGAGCCGCACAAUUUGCCACUUGAGCCCCUUCCAGCUAAAGUACAGAAAUCUUACGAGAAUAGAACUGUAAGAUCCAAUCCUGUGGCCACUUCAACUCCAGUCAAGGGGAAGCAGUACACUCACCACACCUGA